AGCGGGCGGGGCGGGGCGAGAGCCGGGAGCAGGCGGCGAGCAGGCAGGCGGCAGGCAGGGUCCGUGCGCCGAGCGGGCGAGAGCGCCAGCGAGCGGGAAGACGCAGCCACCUUCCUCUGCAGCCAGCCCACAGCGGUUUGUUCCCUUUCUCGGGAGAGCGCCAAUGCCCGGGCCGACCCAAACCCUGUCCCCCAAUGGCGAGAACAACAACGACAUCAUCCAGGAUAACGGGACCAUCAUUCCUUUCCGGAAGCACACAGUGCGCGGGGAGCGUUCCUACAGCUGGGGAAUGGCAGUCAAUGUGUAUUCUACCUCGAUAACCCAAGAGACUAUGAGCAGACAUGACAUCAUUGCAUGGGUUAAUGACAUAGUAUCUUUAAACUACACAAAAGUGGAACAGCUUUGUUCAGGAGCCGCCUAUUGCCAGUUCAUGGAUAUGCUCUUUCCAGGCUGCAUUAGUUUGAAGAAAGUAAAAUUUCAAGCAAAGUUGGAGCAUGAAUAUAUUCACAAUUUUAAACUUCUGCAAGCAUCGUUUAAGCGAAUGAAUGUUGAUAAGGUAAUUCCAGUGGAGAAGCUAGUGAAAGGCCGUUUCCAAGACAACCUGGAUUUUAUUCAGUGGUUUAAGAAAUUCUAUGAUGCUAACUACGACGGGAAGGAGUAUGAUCCCGUAGAGGCUCGGCAAGGGCAAGAUGCGAUUCCUCCCCCUGACCCUGGUGAACAGAUCUUCAACCUGCCAAAAAAGUCGCACCACGCUAACUCGCCCACCGCAGGUGCAGCUAAGUCAAGUCCAGCAUCUAAACCAGGAUCCACACCUUCUCGUCCCUCAUCUGCCAAAAGGGCUUCAUCCAGUGGCUCAGCGUCCAAAUCUGAUAAAGAUUUAGAAACACAGGUCAUACAGCUUAAUGAACAGGUACAUUCAUUAAAACUUGCCCUUGAAGGUGUGGAAAAGGAAAGGGAUUUCUACUUCGGGAAGUUGAGAGAGAUUGAGCUGCUCUGCCAGGAACACGGGCAGGAAAAUGACGACCUCGUGCAGCGACUAAUGGAAGUGCUCUAUGCUUCCGAAGAACAUGAGGGCCACACAGACGAGCCGGAAGCUGAGGAGCAAGCCCACGACCAGCAGCCCCAGCAGCAGGAAGAGUACUGAGCCUCCCAGAGCUCCGGCCCCUUCCGCUGCGCACGGAACUUUUCCUCUGCAGAUCUGGAACAUGUGUGGCCUCAAGCUGAGCAGCAACCAGUUGUCCUAAUCUGCCGUUCCCAUCGACGCACUGUCGCCCAUGCCAGCCACCGCGCUCAGUUCCCAUUUUCUUUGCCAAGACGCAUUAGCAGCAGGCGCUGGUCUGGCCACCCACCUGACAUCAUAGGGUCACAUACCUUCAACUUCGCCACUUGGCUGCUUGAGAUUGGUUCUGCUCUUUUCUUCAUUUCUUUCCAGAACAACUCUUUCCCACCCCCAACACCGACACCACCACCACCCCUUUUUAUCCUGGUGUGAAACAAUGGUCAUUUGAUAUAUGGUAUUUAUAUUGGCAUUUCUCAGCCCAGUGUCACUAGAUGUCACAUGCAUUUGUGGUGCUUUGAUGUUUGCGAAUCUAACCUCUAAACAUAAAGUUGGUGAAACAAUUGGAGCAAAGGGAAACAGAUACUCGAUAUGAAAGCCAUAAUGACAGUGACGCGUAUCGUGGGGAAGAACACAGGGUCAGUUUCUCCCUCUACUGACAACACAAAAGGGAAAAAGAGGCUUCAAAACUAGGCCCUCAGGCCCUGGCAGGGUCCACACAGCAGCCUGUUAGUUUUGAAAGACAUCCACCCAAGGAAAACACUUCUCACCAUGUGCCCCACCCUCCCAGCCCCCUCCCCUGGUUCUCAUGCUCUUUUCUUUCUCAGGGUCCUCUUUGGUGGGCAGCCACACCCCCACGGUGUUGUCAUCCGUUACCUGCAGUCCGAAGGGGUCUGGUGCCUCAUCCCUCUUGCUCCUUGAUGUGGGUUUCAGCCCAAAUGUUGUCCCUCACUGGGAUUUAGUCAAGGUACCCCCAGGGUGUGCAGGCCAUAGCUCCUAGGCGCUGCGGAGGCUGCACACUGGCUGGAAGACUUUAUUCACAGCAUAAUUCCAAGGAAGAUCAUGGUCCAUGAUCCAGCUAUCUUCUGGGAUGAGGAAUUGCCCCUCUACAACACAAGGGCCCUCCUUGUCAUUGACCUUUGCUAAACCAUGGCGACUCACAGAGGAAACAUGAUGAAUUUAAAGCAUUCCUUAUUUUUUAAACUAAUAUUUGCACAUUUUCUUAGUCUCUCUCAACAUCUUUGCCUUUAUUUUUUCCCCCUUGGACAGAUGGUAUCCCUUCCUGGAUCAGUCAUUUCACUUCAGAUUUACUUUCACUUGUUAUUUGACUUAGCAGGUGCAACAACAACAAGAAACAAAUAUGCCCACCCUACUUUCCACUUUUAAUUGAAAAAGCUUAAAAUAAAUUUCUGAAUUACAUCCCCUCAAGCUUUGAAAUUUCUCCAUGAAUGAGUGAAAUACUAACUUCCAAAUUCUAGCAUUAAAGCUUUUCACCAAAAGAAGUUCUUUCCAAAAUAAAUCAAUCUUCUGCAGCAAAGUGGUAUUUACUGAGUUAUAUGUGGAAAAAGAUGGCUUGUAUUUUUGAGAUUGUUACGACACACUGUGCAGACCCGGACAGAUGUUCCAUGGCGUUUGGUUUCCCUUCUCUCUCCUGCUCACUCUGCACGACAGCGGCAGCUCGCUUCUCCAAGGCUGCGAAGCCUGGCUCUCAGCGGUGACAUCCUCCCAUGCCUGGGUACAGGUAGUGGCUGUGCUAUACGCGGCGUCGCGCUUCCUGGGGUGUUGUACUCAUCGACUGCCCUUUCUUAAAAAACAGCUCCUGCAAAGAGGCACAAUAAAUAAUUCCCUGCAGUUGCUACGUCAGUGGUUUCUAGACCAUCCUUUGCUGUUCUGGCCCUCUUGGCUGUCCCCAGGCGGGCGGAUGCUCGUGAGUAGGCAGCAGGAGUCAGGAUCCUGCCUUCUUCAGAAACCACUUAGCCCUGGGGGACAUGCACACGCCUCUCCAGGGGCUCUUGCUGGAACCACUCCACUCCUUUCCAGCUCCCCAGCCUUCUCUGCUCUGAACGCAGUGGUCGGAUAGUUUAGGCGGCAAUGAGCGUCCAUACUCCAUUCUCCCUGCUGAAGGCUUGGGCGAGACCCUUUAUUUAGAGAAGAGCUAUAAAUCCCUCUUUCCCAUCUUAAACCUCUUCCCUGUGCUGCAUCCCAGGUGAUGUCCCGGAUGUUUGCCAGAGCCUUUAACAGCCAAGGUUCUGAGACAGGUCCCGUGAGCCGCACCCCUGGCCUCCACUCCCGCCACCAAUCAGUCUCCCCUCGGUGUUCGGGGCACGGGCCCUCAGGCUGGGCUGAAACGCAUCCCUGGGUGUGGGCACUGCUCUUCCCUCAGGAAGCUUGGUUUCAUUCGUAGUGGCCCUCACACCACAGAUGGCUGCUUAUGGCACUUCCACUGCUGUGGCCAGACCGGAAGUGAUCGAAGCAGGGGGCAAAGAGAAAGCCUCUGUUCAUUGUAAGCAGAAAAGCAGGAAAAAAGACAAAGACAAACCCUGUUGACCCGAGAGAAGUCGGCUCCAGAAGGGAACCCAGAACUCGUCCCUUCCCUGGUGAGUAGUCCCGUUCUUCCGUUAAGGUUAAUGUGCAUUCAGAUUACUUUAACUAAAUAGUACCCCAUAAAGCUCUUGUUAUAUAUGAAAUGUAAACUGAAAGGAAUGUAAACAUAUGUACUGUUAAUUAUAAAUAGAGAUAAGUCAUGAGCUAAUAGAAGAAAAGUCCUACUCAGAUGUAUCACAUUCAUUUACCUUGCCCACCUAUUGUCGCAUGGUAGAAGAGUUUUUGUCUCUUGAAUAUGUGAAUAACUUGACUUGCGUUGAUCUUUUUACAUAUUUAAUAAAAAAGUAUGUUAAAACCUG